AUGUACUUGACGAUGUUGUCUGGCGUGCGGCCACAGGACACAUUUGAGAAAAGUCAAUGUAAAAGAAGAAACGGCCACUGCACGGCGUUGCAUUUUUUGUGUCGUUUGCGGUGCCUCCACGUGAUGCUGAAGCGUUUGAUGGGGUGUUUAUUCUUCUUUUUGCUCCCUGCAGCCAGCCUUGUUUGGUCAUGGCGGCAGCAGUGGGACUCUGCGGCUGCGUACUUGUCGCACGUGUCGCAACUCAUGCUGUUGCUGCCUCGCUCUGUGUUGGUGGGGGAGUGGGCGAGCGACGGCGUUGGUGGAGUUGCGCCCCAGUGGGAGAAGGAAGGCACCGACCGCACGAUUGACGUGGACCCUUGUCCCCCGUGUCUGGGUGCCGCCACCGUACCACUUUAUUCGUCCUUCUUGUGUGUGCCGUGUGCGCUUAUGAUGCCGCUGUUUGUUUUGAAAUGCCGACCCACGUGA